AUGUCUGACGAAGGCAAUGAGAUGGAGGCGAAAAUCAGAUAUUAUGGUGAUGAUGGCGGUAGCGAGGACGGAUCAUUGUCAUUGGAUGAAGACGAACAUGACGGGGAAAAUUAUAUGAGUUUGGAUGAGUCUUACAGUGGCAAUGUAGGAGGGGAUGAUGACAAUGAGGAUAUGGAUGUAGAUGAUUCAUAUGCUGAAAGCGGUAGCCAUAUGGAUGUGGAAGGGUACUAUGAGUGGAAUUUCUUCGAUGAUACCAAUGACGAAAACGAUAUCGAUGCAUCUUAUAAUGACAGCUCGACCAAAGGAGAGGUUGGUGGCCCGUGCGAAAAUGAUGACGAUGCCAAUGGUGAUGAGUGCAAUUUUGACACUGGGUGCGAUGAAUACCAGCAAGAAUCACUGGACAGGCAUUGGAUGGUGAUGUCCGCGACGUUCAGGACAGACGAGGAGGCAUAUGAUUUCUAUAACGACUAUGCGAAAAAGUGUGGAUUCUGCAUUAGGAGGGACAACUUGAAAUAUGUGAAGGGUGUCGACGCGCAUGAGACCGAGGAUACAUAUGUUUGGGUGUUGCAGACCUUCUUGAGAGCUCACUAUCAGAAGAAGCCGAGGUCUGUAAUUACUGACAGAGACGCAACCAUGAUAAGGGCCAUCAGGAAGGUCCUUACUGACGUGUGGCAUCGACUUUGUUCGUGGCAUAUAGAGAAGAGCAUGCAGAAACACCUCCACCACAAGUCCCUUAAGGAGUUCAGGUCUCUUAUUUACUAUGCUACUACACAUGAUGAGUUUGAGGCGAGAUGGGCAGCUUUUAAAGCUAAAUGGGAGUCGGGGAAAACUGAAACAUGGUUGCGUAGGAUGUACAGGAAGAAAAGGCUUUGGGCUGCGUCAUAUCUCACCGAUGGGUUCCUCCUUGGUAUGCGGAAUAACCAGAGGAGCGAGAGUCUGAACUCUUGCCUUCAUCUAUAUCUUGACUCUGGCAUGACAAUUGUUGAUAUGGUUGUGCAUUAUGAGAACUGCAUUGUUCGGCUCCGUGAGAACGAGUCAUACGAUGACUGCAUGGCCACACAGACACUCCCUGUACCAGUACUUGACGAGUUCAAAUGCAUUGAGAAAUCCGCUGCCCGUGACUUCACUGGGGUGAACUUUUACCUCUUGCAGAAAGAAAUGAAGAAGGCAGCGGAUCUUGAGAUCAUAGAUAGACUCAGUGGAGCCGUCAGUCAGAGAUUCAUAGUGGCAUGGAAAAAUAACAGGCAACUGAGAUUCAAAGUGGACUAUACACCUACUAACUCAGAAGAAACAGUGAAGUGUAGUUGUGAUAGUAUGAAACGUAAAGGUCUCCCAUGCAAGCAUGUUCUUUAUGUUUUUGGCCAGAUUGAACAUGAAGGACUUACCUAA